AUGGAAGCUACUAUGCGACGCAAGUUGGCUGCCCUCUCCAUGCGACCGGGAGACGAUGUGAAGCCGGUCCUUGACAAGAUCAAGGACACUUACGCGAGGAUGGCAGCGGCGGGCAGCAAGGUGUCGCAGAUGCAGCAGUGCACCAAGAUCAUCUCGGUGCUCGACAACUCGUGGGACAACCUCAUCCCCACCCUCAACACUGAACAGGACCAGUGGACACCUGAGUGGCUACGGCAGCAGAUUCUGCAGGAGGACUUCCGCAGUUGCCAUACGAGAGGCGGUGCUGCUAACAAGACUGCUGAGGGGUACGGAGCUGCAGGCGGCAGCGGAGGAAGAGGGGGUGGAAGAGGCCGAGGCCGUGGGAGAGGCUUUGGCAGAGGGAGAGGUCUAGAUGACUACAAUGAGGGGCAUGGGAGCUCUGGUGGCAGGGGGAGCACUCGAAUGGAGGGAGCUUGCUGGUACUGCAAGAAGGCUGGACACCCGUGGUUCAAGUGUUUCAGCCGGCCUGAGGGAUGGGCGCCUCCAGGCAUGAAGCCGCCAAGUAAUGAACGUGCAAACGGUGGUGCUGUGCGAGCCCCCCCUAGGAAGAUCAAGUUUGUGGCUGCCGCUUCAGGUGCUUUGCUCCCUGUGAUUGGUGUUGGGAAUGCUAAGGUGAUGGGAGCCAAUGGGGAGCUUGUGGGGCUUGGAAAUAUACUGUUGUGUGAAGAGGAGAAGAGCAGCUGCAUCAAGGACCUGUGGCAGCUGCCCAUCAUCCCUUGGAACGGGAAACCUCCAGCAACGGCCACGGCAGCAGCAACGGCUAAGGAAACUGUGGGAGGAGAGGAGACUCCACUAACUGAUGGGGCACUGGAUGCAGUCAAAAAGGUGCAGCAGCCACAUGGUGAGGUACUUCCUGGUAUGGAUGCGACAGCUGCAUGGGUAAAGACUUCAUCUGGGAACGGUGAGGCCGAUUGGGAGACAUGGCACAAGAGGUUGUGCCACAUCAACAUCCCAAUGCUGCAAAAUUGUUUCCCUUCAGCAGCAGCACAAGACAAACCAAGGCUCCACUUGCACUUGUGCACAUGGAUGUGGUGGGCCCCACGAGGGCCCUUUCUCUCUCGGGCAGCCGCUACUUCCGGACCAUUGUGUUCGACCACUCACGUGUUGUGUGGGGUGUAUCCUCUGAAGACUGUUCUUAUGGAGUGGAUGCCGAAAGCACAAAGGGAGAGGGGACAUAAGAUGAAGGUGAUCCUUACAGACAACGGAGGAGAGUUUAUUGGAAAUGAAUUUGAGGCAGUGCUGAAGAAGAAAGGGAUCCAACAUCAGCUCACAGUGCCCUACAACCCUCAGCAGAACGGCGUGGCUGAGCGGUUCAACCGGACCCUGCAGGAAGGUGCCCGCACUCUACUUGGGCGUGCAGGGCUGCCGGAUCCGUUUUGGGUGACUGCACUGAGGCAGGUCGCUCUUGUGAAGAACAGGGUGCUGGCGACUGUGGGGGACAAGCAGUGGGUCCCCUACACCCAGCAGUGGUAG